AUGGAAUUCUUCGAGGAUGCGCUCAAAAUUUACAUCAUUCAUCAAAAGAAUGAUCAGGGAGGAGAACGACAACGGGAUGUGAAACACAUUUACGCCAAUCCUUUAAAUCCAGACAUCUGCCCCUUGCUGGCCCUUGGCAUUUACUGGUGUUGCUUUGGAAUGAACGAUAACGGACAUGGAAAACUGUUCCCGGGCAAUAAUCAGUUCGACCGUUUCAGCAAAAUCAUCAACAGGUUCCGCAACAACGAAAAUCUCAAAGAUGCCUUCAAAUUCCUGGGAAUAGACAUACAGAAUAUCGGGUCACACAGUGUAAGAAAAGGUAUUGUACAUGGUUAUGUAUCCCCUCGGAUCCAACGACUGAUGUUGUGCAAAGGAUCCGCUACUUAUUGUUCCGGUGGAAGUCCAGAUGGUCCAAGCUAUGUUCCUCUGAGUAACAGGUGA